AUGGUUGAUUAUGGAUUCAAGUUCAAGACCCCAACAGCGCGAACGAUAUCGAGUCUUCCCGCUAAGCUGUUUGGGCCAAGAAGCAAUGUGAUGAUCGUGGAUCCGGGGCUGAUUGGCUCUAUCGAGAACAAUGACAGCCUGAUAAAUACUAGUGUUUCCACUGAAGAUUUUGCGGGCGCGACAAAGGAGAAAAUUCUGAUCCCGGUGUGCUGCAGCAAGAAGCGUUGGUGCUGCAUUAUGCUGGACUUGGAGACGACGGACAUUUGCAUCUAUGACCCCAUGGGUUCUAGCUAUAUUAUCCGAGUUCGGGCACUUGCGGAGAAACUAGCUACAUGCCUACCAGACUAUACGCCAAGGAAAUACCGCGUUCAGCCAUACCAGAGCGAUCUAGGUGUUCAAGUAGAUUCGUACAACUGCGGUGUGUAUGUUCUGGUAGCGUUCGAGUUGUUUGCUGGUGCAGCGGGGCUGCCGUAG